AUGAACUCCAUCACUCAGAUCGCUGCCCGCUCGGCCCGGUCCAAUGGCCUCUCUGCCAUGCGCCAGGGUAACACGGUUGCUCGUCGUGCCUUCACCAACGGUCCCAAAACCUCCAUCUCCCGCUUCCAACCUGCUCGGUCCUCGGGCCUCCUCAUGAGCCGUAACAUGGCCGCCAACCUCGCCCGCCACCAGACGCGCGGUGUCGUGACUGAGACUAUCACCGUCGGUGCUGCGAUCAUGGGUGCGGGAAAGCUGAUCGGUGCCGGAGCUGCCGCUGCUGGUCUGAUUGGUGCCGGAACUGGUAUCGGAACGGUGUUCGGUGCUCUGAUCACUGGCGUUGCGCGCAACCCGAGCAUGCGAGGACAGCUAUUCUCCUACGCCAUUCUCGGUUUCGCUUUCGCUGAGGCGACGGGACUCUUCGCCCUCAUGGUGUCGUUCUUGAUUCUCUUCACCAUGGCUUUUGCAGAAAUUGAAAAUGGUUUCGGCCGUCGUCGUGCAUACCUUCUGCAAGCAUUCUUUGUUCUGGUACGCUUGGAUAAAGAUAUCGCAGUGAGCGCGAAUGAGCUACCGAGGGAGCUAGCCUACGUUAGGGCUCGGACUCGCUGCAUAUAG